AUGAUCGUUCUCGAUGCGUACACCUGCAAUGACUUCGUUAUGGACGCACUUCCGCGAUGGGUUGAAUCUCCGUACGCUUCGCUUACCAUGGGGAGGAAGGCAGUGGCUCUUGUGAGCGGAGGGAAAGACAGCAUCUAUGCUAUUCACUUGGCACAGCAACUUGGGUUCAGCAUCUGCGCUGUGGCUACGUUGCUUCCGCGCGACAAUGCAGUGGAAACUGACAGCUACAUGUAUCAGUCAGUGGGGACAAGCCUGGGUGCGGCGAUCGCUGAGUGCUUGGGCGUUCCGCAUUACAGCGCCCACGUGAAAGGGCGGCCAGUAAACACGGAAACACUGCAGUACACACCUGAAUAUGACGAUGAAGUUCUUGAUCUUCAACUCCUGUUGGAGAGAGUGACACUUGCCCACCCUCUAAUCGAGGCCGUGACGUGCGGUGCCAUAUUGUCGGAGUAUCAGCGCCGGCGCCUGGAGUACAUCUGUGGACUUGCCGGCCUGCUACCCGUCUGCUUGCUGUGGAACCGCGAACAGAAGAGUCUGCUUAAAAAUAUGAUAGAGUGGGGCCUGCAUGCUGUGGUAGUCAAAACUGCCUCAAUGGGUCUGUCGAAGAAGCAUCUGGGUCGUUCAAUUGCUGAUCUGUUGCCUCAUUUCCGCGAGCUGAACCGGCAGUACGAUUUCCACGUCUGCGGAGAAGGAGGGGAGUACGAGACAGUGACAUUGGACUGCCCGCUGUUCACGAGAGGUUCAAUAGUUGUUUCAGAGUGGAAGCAACUUUGCCACGGCGACGACGCUCUGGCACCCGUGUGGCUGCAGUCUCCAGUGCAGUGGAAAGUAGUGCCCAAGAACCCCGUGACCUGCACACUUCAAGAUCAAUCAACUCAAACAUCAGAACUAAAGUGGCUUGAGCUUGCAGAGCUUCGAACAAAGCCCUACGAGGAUCUCAUGUAUGUGGCCCUGAAUGAAUGGGGUGUCGACGUACACGAUGAAGACUCCGAUGCUGCCUCGUCGCCUUGUCGGACGGGCCCUGAUCUUAGGACCGCCCUGCCAAGCUCUUGUACCUCCAAUAAGUGCUGCGAAUCGACUGGCAAUGCUACAACCUCUUCUUUAGGGUGCAUUGUCACUGGAGACAUAUCUGUGACUGGCAGUGAGGAGGGCUCGCGAAUACAUGGCGACGCUUCAUCUCCACCUAACAAGUGCAUGAUAAACCUUGUUAGAGCUUGUACGAGAAGCUGGCUAGACGAACAGGCGCUCAAAAUACAGCAUAAUGGAAUGGCUGUCCGUAUCAUUGAAGUACUCUGUCAGGCCUCAUGCUCAAGCUUCGCCGACAUCCCUGAGGAGGUUCUAGACCAACUGCACAUUCGGCCAAUCGCUCUGACAGUUGUCGUUACUUCGUUGCCGCGGGGGGUUAAACUUCGGUUCAGGAUCGUACUAAGCAGCCCGGAAGGCUUGUCAAUUCCUCCCAACCUUUCCAUAAAGUCUUGUACCGACGAUUCAGUGGUGCACGUGCACAGUGUAAACCUAUGGGUCCCUCCGUGCGCUGGGGAAGGCACUAGACCUGUUCACCGGUUACACGUUUGCUGUUCGUGUCAAGGUCUACGUUGCGAGUUGGUGUCUGGGGGUUUAUUCUCUGUGGCUUAUUUGUUCCUUCGUGGCUGCGACGGACGUUUGCCUUUCACGUGCGCUUUUCCUCCUGACGACGGCCUCACUGCGUUUCCGUUACGGUCGGUACCUGGAGGUAUUAGCACGCGCAAAGGGGCUCUUUCAACCGUCCUGCAGGCUGCCAACGCAUUCAUCAGCAUGCAGUACACGCGUCAUCUGUGCUAUACUGGUGGGGCGAAUAGGGGCUUUCACCAUAACGAUCGUGAACGUCUUUUCAUACAGAGAACAGAAAUGAGUAGAGCUGGUUCACCAGAAACGGGAGCCGUAGAGUCCGCAGCAUUAUGCGCUUCGCAGAUGAGAAACCCGCCUUUUAUGGCUCCUUGCAUUGUGGUCCUUGUCGUGAUCGAAGAAGGAAGGGAAGGGACGAAAACAAAGUCAGACAAGAAGCUGGGGGUUGUAAAGCAACUUCUGCAUUCUCUCAUUGCUCGGUCUAGUCGUUGCUGCGACAGUUCAUCUUCAUGUGAUGAUACAGCCAGGCAGAGCAUCCUCAUCGUUGCGGAGGCUCCCAGUCUUCCACAGAAAGCAAGGGUGCUGCUGCUUCCCAUGUGGGACAUAUCGCCCCGAUUGGGUGAAAGGGAUUGUGUGCAGGCAUGCUGUACUGAGCACAUGCAGCAGGGUGAAAAAUAUACGGUAAGCGUUACAGUUGUGGAACGUCAUAUAAAGGUCCGGAAUGACACGGAAACCACGGAAACUACUGUGGCUCAGGGUGGCGGCAACGGCUUGCAUUCGAUGGUGGUGUGCUUUUCAUUCCAACGACGACCCGAUUACAUUGGUCGCCACACUUUGGAAGACUUAGUGGGGCAGCUGUGCAGCACCCUUACAGAGUGGCUGUGUUCAGCACACGCGCGCGUCGCUCUCUCGAGUUGUGGAGUCACUGAGGAUGCAAUUUUGCGAGGAAGCGAAUUGAUGCUUGAAUUAUGUGUGUUUUAUUGCCCUUCGUAUCUUUGCCUUCUCCAGAUGGAUUCGGAGUCCUUCGAAGCAAAUUGCCGGCAGCGCAUUGAAGCAGGCUGUCGUGAAAUUGCAGCCUCCAAAUUUUUGCCCAUCAUUACUUUUUUCCCCGUGUUGAACCUCGAAGGGGGGAUUUUGCAAGUCGUUAUGCAUACCCUAGCUGCAUAUUCCAAGUAA